GGAGGGGGUUUGAAUGCCAGUGUGCGUGACUUACACAUCACACUCCUGAGUCGCACAGGUCCGCAUCUUGUAAUACGGAAUGAGAAACGGUCUUCUUGUGUCUGAGUAAACGUUUGUAUUCUUUGUGAAAAUAAAGAGAAAAGGGCAGAGUAUUCAAAGUCAAACGCAUCUUUUGCAUAUCAAUUUGUUAUUCGGCCGUCAAAAAGUCAAUGCGCACAGUCUCAGGAAUCCUGAGUUGUGUAGCCUACUAUGAUUUGAAAGAAGAAACCCAAACAUAACUGAGACAGUUGCCUAACUGACAGGAUGAAGAAUAUCUGCUUGUUGGACAUCGUGAUCAUCCUCUGGGCUCUGUGCUCCUCGAAGGUGAGAGGUCAAUGUGAUGAACCGGCCGAGAACUCCAAGCUCAACCUCUCUGUGACCUACAARCUGCCCAGCUUCGAGGCCGACUCCGCCAUACAGAACAUGGUCACCUUCGAGGGGACGGUUUACGUUGGUGCUGUGAACAGGAUCUAUGCGCUGUCAGAGAACCUGACCAAGCUGUCGGAGUACCGGACCGGGCCCGUGUCAGAGGCUGGUGUCGAAAGGCAAUGUGGCCCAAGUAGCCAGGAUGGAGCUGCUGGCAAGCCCAACGCUGUGUUGGACAACAAUAACAUGGCCCUGCUGGUGGAGCGUUACUAUGACGAUGAGCUGUUCAGCUGCAGCUCCGCGGACGCCGGUGUCUGCCGUCGCCACUUGCUGGUGGAGAGAGGGAAUGUUUCCAAGGAGGUGAACUGUAUGUAUUCACCCAAGACAGAUGAUGGAGGACGGCAGGGCUGUCCCGACUGUGUUACCAGCCCCCUGGGUUCCCGUGUGCUCAACAUGGUGAGCGGAGGUGUGGUACGGUUCUUCGUAGGGAACUCGGAGAUCACUGGAAGCGCUGGAACUGGAAGUCCGUCCCGCAUGACCUCCGACCCCCAGGCCCAGCAGCCACAGCACCACACCAUCUCAGUGCGUCAGAUGAAAGAAACCCAAGAUGGCUUCCGUUUCUUCUCCGACCAGUCCUACAUGGACCUGGCCCCGGGCCUCCGCGGCGACCACCACCUGCGUUACGUCUACUCCUUCCAGAGCGGCAGCCACGCCUACUUCCUCACCGUGCAGCGUGAGGGCCGCAGCUCGCAGGUCUACCACACCCGCAUCGUCCGCAUGUGRGGCACCGACCCGGAGCUGCGGCGUUAUGUGGAGAUGCCCUUUGAAUGCAUCCUGACGGAGAGGCGGCGGCGGCGGCGCUUGGCCAGCAUCGAGGUGUUUAAUGUCCUCCAGGCGGCCCAUGUGGCCGAGGCGGGCAGCGAGCUGAGGCAGGAGAUGGGGCUGAAGGAAGGGGAMGACGUGCUGUUUGCUGCCUUCGCCCGAUCCAAGCCAGACUCCCCGGAACCCACAGCCAGCUCGGCCGUCUGCGUCAUCUCACUGGCAGACGUCAACAACUUCUUCAAGGAUUUCAUCCAGAAGUGCCACACCAAGCAGCCAUACCACUUCACCGGCUCCGAGGAGAAACGCUGCUACAACGGGAGUUCCUCAGACGACUCGUUUGGCUGUGGGAAGCACGGGGAGGGAUACCGUCUGGAAGUGACCACCCCAAUGACCAGACUGGACUACUUCAGCGGUCAGUUCAGCAAAGUCCUGCUCACCUCCAUUGCCGUGGCAACCGCCCAGGAACAGACCGUGGCCAGCCUGGGCACCACAGAUGGACGCCUCAUACAGGUGGUCGUUUCCCGUUCCAAACGCAGCACGCCCCACGUGGACUUCCGCCUGGACCCCUCACGCUGUGUUUCCCCCGAGGUGGCACUCCUGUUCCCACAGGGCCACACUGGCUCUCCACAGCGCAGCCAGGAUGGCUCCCUAUUGUUGGUGACAGGAAAUAAGAUCACCAAGGUGCCUCUGAUUGGUCCUGGCUGUGAGCAGCAGUGGACGUGUAGUUCCUGCCUGCUGGCGCCGGGGUUUAUGGGAUGUGGCUGGUGUGAAGGCCGUUGCACCAGGUUGGCCCAGUGUCACCCAAGCUCCCUCUGGACCCAGGACUCCUGCCCUCCCAUCAUCACCAUGGUAACUAGCCACCAAUGGCCCCUGGGAGGAGACACCAAGGUGACGGUGUGUGGGAGGAACUUUGGCUUCAACAAGACAGAGAGGUUUGACCAUACGCUCAUCAGCCUGAACCUGGCCGGAGCACCAUGUAAACUUCUGAAACGAGAGAGCAACAGUUACAGGUUGGUGUGUGCUCCAGUGUCUCCUGUGAACUCGUCUCAGGCUAGCAAUGUGGUGAAGGUUCACAGUGGAAAGGAGAUGGCCCAACAACAGGGCUUCACCUUCGUGAACCCAGUGAUCAGAGAGAUCUCCCCUGUGUUUGGUCCUAAGUUAGGAGGAACCAUGCUCACCAUCAGAGGUCUUUUCUUAGACAGCGGAAACACCAGACAGGUCACUGUGGGAAACGCCACCUGUGAAAUCCUCAGAGUAUCAGGUACUAUGCUGAUGUGCAGGACCCCUCCCCAGUCGGCCCCAUCCCGCCAGGCGGUGUAUAUGAGGGUGGACUCUGUGGUCCGGGAGGCUCCUGUACUCUUCACCUACAACGAAGACCCUCUCAUCUCCUCCAUCCAUCCCACACGAUCCUUUAUCAGUGGAGGCAGCACGGUGGUGGCCCAGGGCUUCUACCUUCACUCUACUCUCCAGCCUCAGAUGGUGCUCAUCCCCACAGCCCAGGAAGGCAAGGUCUUCACUGUGAACUGCAUCAAGGGUGAGGACAGGCUGGCCAUCCUGUGUACCACCCCGUCCCUGAAGAACCUGGGUCUGCAGACUCCUGUGGUCACCAAGGUGGCYUUCGUCCUGGAUGGUUUCUCCACGCCCCAGUUUGACCUGCUCUAUGUAGAGGACCCUCGCUUCGAGGACUUUCAGAGACCCACCGUCACAUCAAAGGGCAACAAGAGCAUUCUGGAGAUUAAGGUGCCAGGCCGUGUGGAUGUGGAGGCGAUGAAGGGGGAGGUGCUGAAGGUGUCUAACAGGACCUGUGAGAGCGUAACUGUGGUGGGGAACACUCUGGAGUGUACUGUCCCCAUGGAGCUAUGGGACGCAACCAACGAAUUGGAGGUGGAGGUGAGGACACAGACAGAGAGAGAGAGAGAGAGAAAAAAAAAGAGAGAGAGAGAAACACACUGCCACACCCACGCAGCCCAGAACAGAACGCCAGACCAGAGCAGACAGACGCCGAACAGCCCCAGACAAGCAACAGCCCCCAGACAGAGCCAGACAGCCCCAGAACGAGAAGACAGUAGCCAGACAAGCCCAGACGAGCCAGACAGGAGGCGGAAGACAGCCCCAACAGGCCGCAGGAUCGACAGGGCCAGACAGCCCCAGACAGCACCAGACAGCCCCAAGCAGAGCCAGGGCACCCCAGACAAGCAGGCAGCCCAGACAGCCCCAGGACUAGCCGACAGAGCCAGAAGAGCCAUACAGCCCCAGAAAGAGCCAGACACGCCUCUCUCUCCUCCUCUCUCUCCUCCUCUCUAUCUCUGGUCUCCAGAUCUGGCUGAGGGUAAGGUUUGGUAUGACGGCAGGGCUCACAUUCAGCACUUGGAUAUGUUGGCUAACGCCCGGAGCGUCAGCCCCACUAACGAAAUGGUGUCCCACGAGUCUUUGGACUAUAGAACCACCCUGCCGGAGGACCAGGGCGUGGAGAGGCCAGAGUCAUGCAGGGGGGCUCCCCCUAUCUACGGGAGCCAUGGGGAGCUGCUGUCCCCCAGAUUGGGGCUCGGAGGCAUGGGUCUGGGGGCAGAGGGGGAGCUGGUGUCKCCUCUCCUGUCGGCCCCGGUCCACAUCGACCCGUCCCAGCUGCACCCGGACCUCCUGAAGGAGGUUCAACAUGUGGUCAUCGCCAGAGAACAUCUGCUGUUACAUUUUAACCAGGUCAUCGGCAGAGGGCACUUUGGCUGUGUGUUCCACGGUACCUUGUUGGAGGCUGACGGACAGAAGCAGCACUGUGCCAUCAAGUCUCUCAACCGGAUUACUGACUUGGAGGAGGUGUCUCAGUUCCUGAAGGAGGGGAUCAUCAUGAAGGACUUCAGCCACCCCAACGUGUUGUCUCUCCUGGGGAUCUGUCUGCCCCCUGAGGGCUCUCCUCUGGUGGUGCUGCCAUACAUGAAGCACGGAGACCUCAGGAACUUCAUCAGGGACGAGACACACAACCCAACAGUGAAGGACCUGAUGGGCUUUGGUGUGCAGGUGGCCAGGGGCAUGGAGUAUCUGGCCAGCAAGAAGUUUGUCCACAGAGACCUAGCUGCCAGGAACUGCAUGCUGGAUGAGAGCUACACAGUGAAGGUGGCAGACUUUGGCCUGGCCAGGGAUGUGUAUGAAAAGGAGUACUACAGCAUCCACAGCAAGAGUGGAGUCAAACUACCGGUCAAGUGGAUGGCCCUGGAGAGCCUGCAGACACACAAGUUCACCCCCAAGUCAGAUGUGUGGUCGUUUGGCGUGUUGCUAUGGGAACUGAUGACCCGGGGAGCCCCCUACUCUGACGUCAACUCUUUCGACAUCACAGUGUUCCUACCAGGGAGACGCCUGCUACAGCCAGAGUUCUGCCCGACGCACUGUGAGUAUAACGUGAUGGUUGAGUGCUGGCACCCUAGACCGGAGCGGAGGCCUACCUUCUCAGAGCUGGUGUCCCGUAUCAAGUCCAUCUUCUCCAGCUUCAGUGGAGAGCACUACAUACUUCUCAACACCACCUAUGUCAACAUCGACAAGAUGACCCCUAUCCCUCACUCAUUUCCUACUCCUCAUCCUCGUCCUCUUCCUCCACCCGUCAGGGCACCCCUGGAGCGAGACUGCUGCACCUGAUGGGGGGUGGGGGAUGGGGGAGGAGAGAGAGAGAGAGAGAGAGAGAGAGAGAGGAGAGAGAGAGAGAGAGAGAG